AUGGCUGCCGAUCUGCGAGUGCUGCUCAUCGGCAACGGUGGCCGCGAGCACGCCUUGGCCUGGAAGCUGAGCCAGUCGCCCCGCGUAGCGUCCAUCUUGGCCGUUCCCGGCAAUGGAGGCACGGCCAUCUGCCCCAAGACGACCAACGUGACGGCCGUCAAGGCCGACGACUUUCCUGGGCUGGUGUCGCUGGCCAAGUCGCGGGGCAUCAACCUGGUGGUGCCAGGGCCCGAGGCGCCCCUGGUCGAGGGGGUCGAGGGCCCAUUCCGUGAGGCCGGCAUUGCCUGCUUCGGUCCGUCCAAAGCGGCGGCCCGGCUGGAGGGCAGCAAGACGUACUCCAAGGACUUCAUGAAGAAAUACGGCAUCCCCACGGCGGCGUACGAGAACUUCUCUGACUACGACAAGGCAGUGGCGUACGUGAAUGGCGUGGACCACGACGUGGUCAUCAAGGCCACCGGGCUGGCGGCUGGCAAGGGCGUCAUCAUCCCGCAGAACAAGGAGGAGGCCCGAGAGGGCCUUCGGCAGAUCAUGGUGGACAAGGCCUUCGGGGCCGAGGCCGGGUCCGAGGUGGUCAUUGAGGAGCUCCUGCUGGGCGACGAGCUGAGCGUGCUCACUUUCUGCGACGGCUACACCAUUCGGUCGCUGCCGUUCGCCCAGGACCACAAGCGCAUCUACGACGGCGACCAGGGCCCCAACACGGGCGGCAUGGGCUGCUACGCGCCCACCAACAUUGCCACCCGGGAGCUGACGGAGCUCGUGGACCGCGACAUUGUCGGCCCCACCAUCGCCGGCAUGCGCAAGGAGAAGCAGCCCUUCCGCGGCGUCCUCUUCACCGGACUCAUGAUCACCCCCGCCGGGCCCAAGGUCCUCGAGUACAACGUCCGCUUCGGCGACCCCGAGGUCCAGACUGUUCUGCCCCUGCUAUCCGACGACACCGACCUGGCCGAGAUCAUGCUGGCCUGCGCCUACGGCUACCUCGACAACUGCCACCUGCGCGUACUCGACAAGUUCAGCGCCACCAUCGUCCUCGCCGCCGCCGGCUAUCCCAACUCGUACGCCAAGGGCACGCUCAUGACCGUGCGCGACCCCCCGCCCGGAUGUAACGUCUUCCACGCCGGCACCACCCUCGACGGCGACCAGCUCAGGACGUCGGGCGGCCGCGUCAUCGCCGUCACUGCCGUCGGCGACUCCCUUCGCGCCGCCGUCGACGCCGCUUACGCUGCCCUGGACGCCAAGGUCAUUGACUUUGAAGGAAUGUUCUACCGCAAGGACAUUGCUCACCGAGCCUUCAGGUCCACGGAUCCUACCGCCGCCACCAGCAGCACAGGCGGCAUGACGUACGCCCAGGCAGGCGUCGACAUCCAGGCCGGCAACGACUUUGUGCAGCGCAUCAAGGCCGCCGUGGCGAGCACCAAGCGCGCCGGCGCCGACGCCGAGAUCGGCGGCUUCGGCGGCGAGCUCGACCUGUCCAAGUGCGGUUACCCGGGCGGGCCGACGCUGGUGGGCGCCAUCGACGGCGUGGGCACCAAGCUCAUGAUCGCUCACGCCGUCGGCAAGCACGACACGGUGGGCAUCGACCUGGUGGCCAUGAACGUCAACGACCUGGUAGUCCAAGGCGCCACGCCCCUUAUGUUCCUGGACUACUACGGCUGCAGCAAGCUGGACCUGGCCACGGCCUCCUCAUUCGUCGAGGGUGUGGCCAACGGCUGCCGCCAGGCCGGUUGCGCCCUGGUGGGCGGCGAGACGGCCGAGAUGCCGGGCAUGUACCAGGCGGACGACUACGACGCGGCCGGCUGCGCCGUCGGCUCCGUCGACGGCUCCGCUAAGCUGCCCCGCCUGGAUGCCAUGGUCCCCGGCGACGUGCUCCUCGGCCUCGGCUCGUCUGGCGUCCACUCCAACGGCUUCUCGCUGGUCCGUCGCAUCGUCGCCGCCGCCGGCCUUUCGUACGACUCGCCCGCCCCCUGGGACGCCUCCACCACCGUGGGCGCCUCCCUCCUCACCCCCACGACAAUCUACGUCCGCCCCCUGCUCCCCGUCAUCCCCCGCAUCAAGGGCCUCGCCCACAUCACUGGCGGUGGUCUAGUGGAGAACGUGCCGCGCAUGCUACCCGACGGUCUGGCCGCCUCUAUCGACUUCGGCUCGUGGACUGUUGCCCCCGUCUUCAACUGGCUCAAGAAGGCUGGUAACGUUGCCGGGAGCGAGAUGGUCCGCACCUUCAACUCGGGUGUCGGCAUGGUCGUCGCCGUCGACGCCGCGCAGGCCGAUGUCGUCGCUGCUGAGCUGACUGCUGCAGCUAAGCUCGCUGGCUCCGACAUUGCCGUCUUCAAGAUUGGUCGUCUGGUUGCUCGUGAGCAGGGCAAGGAGGCUUGCGUCGUCAAUGGCCUUGACAAAUGGACGAGUUAA